GUCAGCAGAGAAACCUCAUCCCCCUUUAAAAUUUGAAAAGAGCCAGGAAAUCGACAACAAAUGGAGCGGAAGAAGUGGCUGGAUGGCCUUCGAGGCGUCGCAGCGGCAAUCGUGGCCUUUGACCACUUUUUCAUGACCGAUGUCUGGCAUCCGUUCCUCUCCUUCUGGAAUGAGAGGUCGGGGAUGAAUGGCCGUCUGGUCCAACUUCCUCCCAUCAGGGUCCUCUUCUCGGCCCAUGCGAUGGUGACACUGUUCAUGGUCAUCUCAGGCUAUGCCAUCUCCAUCAACAUCCUCAAUUCCCGCAGCAACCGUUCUCAGUUUUGGACGCGACUCUCGUCGGCGAUCUGGCGGAGAGGUUUCCGCAUCUACCUCCCCGUCCUGGUCAUCUCCGCCAUCACUCAGGUCCUUUUCUUCUUUGGCUUCUUCCACUGGACGUUUGAUGAGAAUUUGCUUAUGGGAAUCGAGCCAUGGUCUCAUCCAUGGGCCCAUGUCAAAUGGCUCUUCACCUAUAUGAUGGAUAACAUGAACAUCGUCACCUUUCAGUACAGAGGAGGGCUCAACCCUCAACUCUGGACGAUGCCCAUCGAAUUCCGUGGCUCCUAUGUUGUCUUUCUGCUCAUCGCAGGGUCGGCAAGUUGGCGUCCAAAGCUGCGGCUGUGGGUGUUGCCCGUCCUGGCCGUGUAUUUCUUUUGGUACGGUACCUGGGAUGUGUUCGGUUUUAUCUGGGGACUUUGGCUAGCUGAAAGAACAGUCGCCAAGGAGGAUGAAGAGGAGGAAAAAGUGUCACUGCAAAUACCUGUCCCCAGGAGCUGCAACAAACUACUUCGUCUUGUUCAUCUGCCGCAGAGGAAACUGCCCAUGUCAAAGAUCAUCACAGUAUUCUGCUUCCUCGCAGGCUUCCAUCUAAUAUGCCUUGGAAACGACGGCGAACUCACCCCCGGCUACCAAUUCCUAGCCGCAUUUCAACCCUCCGCAUGGAAAGACAACUGGGAGUUAAUCCACUGGUCCUGGAAAGCCGUCGGUGCAGCCAUGCUCGUGCACGCAAUCAACGAAUCGCCUUUGCUACAACGGCCAUUCGACACCCGGUUUGCGCAAUACCUAGGCCACAUCUCUUUCUCCGUCUAUCUACUCCACGAGGGAAUCUACGAGCUAUGGCGAGAUCCAGUGAGGAACUUUUUCUGGAUGCUGCUUAAUGGAUCACCAUAUCCGGGUGGUCCAGAGGCCGCCGCGAAUGAUCCAUUUUCGUUCCAUCUGACGUGGUGGAUGUCGGGGAUUAUGCUGGGGAGUGUGGUUGUUGGUCUUGCGCAUUAUUACACCAUUCAUGUCGAUCAGAGAUGUGUGGCUUUUACGAAGAAGUUGGAAAAGCUGUUGACUCGUUAAUUGCAUUAUAUGUGACUAUUAAUUUUAUAUAAUGGGUGGUGGCAUGCUUCGAGUAAUGGAGAUAUUUAUCAUCUAGCGAACUGGAUACAAUCUACAGCUUCAUGAAGUGAUACUGAUGGAUAUUUGAAGU